AUGGAUUCCGGCGUAGCCUCAAGCCUAAAAUUCCAUCACAUUCCGUAUCAUCCCCUCUCGGCUGAUUUUAGAAAAGUAAUUAACCUUCCCACAGAUUUCAAGAGCCCUAAUAAAAAAGAGGUAAUAUUGAAGCUGGAGAUUGAACAUGGACGGUUACUCUCUCUCUACCUCGGUAAUCUCGCUCAGAUCCUCCCACGUUCCUCUUCGCCUCUUACGCUUUGCGUGUUACUUAAAAAAGGUCAUUGCCUUCUUCGUCGCCGGUUUUUCUCUCCACAGAAGCGGUGA